AUGGCCAUGGCUAGAGAACAGACGGACAAGAUGGAUGUGUCCGAUGAGGAAAGUGAGUUAAUGAACAGCAAGUUUCAAUGUAGUAUCUGUCUUAAUUCCUUCACAAAACCCAAAAUUAUCGAAUGUUUUCAUACAUUCUGUGAAUCUUGUUUGAAAAAUUAUUUGAAUAAUUACCAAGGAAAGAAUGACUUCCCUUGUCCACUGUGUCGAAAAAGGGUCAAGAUCCCCAAAAAUGGGGUAAACGGAUUCAUGACAAAUUUUUAUUUGGAAGAAAAGAAGGUCAAAGUUCAAGAACCGGUACCUAAGAAACAUUUGUGCAUUCAUCAUGAUAAGGACCUUGACCUUUACUGCACUGAUUGCUGUGUGACCAUUUGCUCAAAAUGUUUCCGAGUCGACCACAGUGGACAUUCGGUCACUGAAAUUGAACAAAUUGAAUCAAAAGCUAGGUCAGAUUUGGAAGAGGUGAAUUUAAAUGCAAAGAAAAAUUUACAAACUUUACAGAAAUAUUCAGAACAUAUGAAAAGUGAAAUGUUAGAACUUCAAAUGGUGUCGAGAAGACAGUGGGAUCAAAUCGAUGAACACGUCAAAAAUAUUUGUGAUACUGUCAAAAAUCAGGGGCGAGCAUUCAAAAAAGAGGUGAAAAUACUUUACACGUCAGAAAAAGAGAAAUUGGACAUUCUGUGUAAAGAUGUUAAUGUAAUGGUGGACCAAUCUCAAAGAUUAUUCGAUGAUUCAUCAGAUUUAUUACAACGUAGCGACUCGCACGAGAUUUUAGAUCACUUACCUUACCUAAAAGUCAAAUGUCUCGAAAGUGAAAAUCGAGCUCAUUUCCCUGUAUGUAGUGUUACCUAUCCAAAAUUCAUUCCAAAAGAAACUGAAAUGUCAGUUGAAUUUUUCGGAGAGUUGACAACCAGUUCGAGAUCAGCAGAAUUUGCUUUGUUCGGAUCAAAACAUGUUGGUAAAAGAACAUCGAAAUGGAGAAAAUCAGAGAAAAAGCUUCGAACCAUUCCAACCAGAUUUGGGCUGAAGACUGCCUACAAAAAAAGACUUCUACUUGGUGUUGCUGACCCUUCACGCUCAACUGGCCUGGAACAUGAUAAAACUAGGAUGGGAAAUAAACCAUCAGUGGAAAUUCAGGCUUGUUCUUUGGAGUUGGGACAUAUUGAUAAAAAAUUACAGAAAGUAAAAUUUGAAAAUCAGGAAAGUUCAUCUAAAACAUGUGAAAAUGAUUUGGACUCGGAAUUAGAUUGCGAAAUCUAUGAGGACAAGACUGAAAGUGGAAAUUCUAAACAAGUUGCCAACUGUACGACUGGUAUUUUUGGGGAAUUUUCCAACCAGGAUAAAGAUGAGAAUUCAAACAGUUUGAAAUCGUUCAGAGAUUCUUUUACAUUUCAGUUUAGAAAAGAUGGACAAAACAAACAAUCCGACUAUCCAGGGCAGAACCAAUAUGAUUUUAGAUUCUUCUUGAACAGUAUUCUAGAAAAAGGGUCAAAGUGCCGAAAACUCCAUUUUAAAACUGACGAAUAUCUCUGGGUGUUGACAGUUACUCAUGAGAAUAGUUCCAAGUUAUCACUGCAGGUUGAAUUAGAUACUCUGGGUUUAUAUAGAGUGUCCUUCUCCCUAGAACUAAUCAACCAUGACAAUGAUAAAAACUCCAUUCGCCAUCAAGAACAGUCUUGUUUAAUACAUGGUGUUUGGGGACCUGGGUUUACAUUGAAGAAUUUUGUUAAUCUGGAUCUUCUGGCUGAUCCGAAUAACCAUUUCCUGGAUGUGGAUCAGCAAUUUUUAGUUCGGUUAACUGUUGAGGAUGAUAUUUAUAGACUGAAGUAA